UACAAAGAAUACGCGCUUUUCAGUCCUUGUAUUUAUCACCUGUAUUCGAGUCUACUAUGGAACGAAUGACAGAAAUCGUUGAGAUAAUAUCAACAUGGGGAUUUUGUGUGUUGCCUCCCUGUGGCUUACUUUGUUUUUAAAUAUCUUCGUUAAUCCUUUGGCCGGGAGAGCUCCACCUCUUCCGCACUGAAAUCACCUGUGUAUCGUUUGAUACGUGAAAUGCAAAUAGGGCUGAAGUCUUUAGGCAAAUAAGUCGUGUGAGGGCGUCUGUAGCUGCGCCGCGUUCUUGUACUGUACUUGUCAACUGAAUCGACUGUUGCGAGUCUACGAUGGCCGCCAUUGUUAUUACUUGGCCCUGUGCUGCGGAAAAUAUGGAAAAGGAUGUACACUUGAUUUGAAGAAAGCAGUUUAAAUGAUGGAGAGCUUGAAGACAAGGCCUCAUGAUGUACAAGAAGAGACUAAUACCAGUGCCAUCUAUGAAGGAAAUUUUGGCAGAUUGCUGGAGGCCAGUGCAACAAGAAUUUCAGAUCAGUUGAUAAAUGACGUUUGUGAUAGACGCUGCUCCCCAAGUGAUGGCCUGUUAUCAGUGGCCGCUGCUGAGGAGGGUAACAUUGGACCUUCAAUCAUGAUCAGCUCACCAGAUCUUGCCGUUGAUUCCACAAUUUCACUUCUGAGAAGGGAUGACGGGGACAUCCUCAACAGUUCCACCGUGGAGACCCAUUCAUCCUCACGUCUUGAAAAUGUGCAGGCCAGAACCGACAUAGAUAAAUCUGGCUGUGGACAGACAGGGUCCCGACCGACAGGGUCAGCAGGUGGGCAAAGUUCUCAAGAUGAGAUCAUCCUCCCUGAAAUUCUGUCCAGUGACACACAGGUUUGCAGAAUGGAUGUAGAUCUAUCAAAAAAUGACCUAACAGAGAUCUCCCGGGCAGGGGGUCCUUCACAGAAAAGUACUUGCAUGGAUGAGCCAUCCCUGAAGUGUCCAGAAUGUGAUCUGAUUUUUGCAAAUGACAUCUCGCUGAAGGCACAUCGGCUCACUCACAGUGCUGACAGCCAAUUUGUGUGCGGGAUCUGCGGCAAAGGCUUUGGCAGCGAGAGCCUCCUAAGCAGUCACUUUGCCACCCACUCGGAGAGCCGGCGCUACACCUGCCCCAACUGUGGCCGGGUCUUCCGGACCCUCCUGAGCUUCCAGCAGCACGAGAAGCUGCACAAAGUGGGUCGGAUGUUCACCUGCAAGCGCUGCGGCAAGGCCUUCCGGCGCAAGAGUAUCCUGCAGAAGCACCGGUACAGCCACAUGAAGAAAGUUCGAAUUGAGUACGCCUGUGAACAUUGCAGUGAGUGCUUUGCCACGGUUCUGCAGCUCCAGCAGCAUGAACGGAAGAUGCACUGCAGGAGAGGCAAGGCGGCACAGGAGCGCCUGUAUUGUUGUGAAGAGUGCACUGAGAGCUUCAGCAGCGAGGACCAGCUGCGUAAGCAUCGCCAACUACAUGCCACACAGAGAGGGAGCUUCUGCCAAGACUGUGGCAGAGACUACAGCUCCCAAGAGGCCCUGCAAAAUCACCGCUGCUUUCGUGUCAGGAGGGCCUUGUUCACCUGCAAGGAUUGCGGGAGAGGCUUUGCCAAGAAACAGGAUGCUCUCGAUCACGAGAAAACUCAUCAUGAGGUCGAGAUAGAGUACGACUGCGAGAUUUGUUUUGAGACGUUUAGCUCCAAAGCUGAGCUGAGAGAACACUCUGCAGUCCACAGAAACACCCAAAGCUUCAAGUGUAGGCAUUGUGGCAAACAGUUCAAGAAGAGAGGCUUCUUGACCAAUCAUCUGAAGACUCAUGCUAACCAUCACAGCAAAAGGAAAUCCAACUCAUCACAUCCAGGUACUGUCAACAAUCAUGUUAAAGAAGAUGGGAAACCAGACCUUGGACAUGAAUCUGUCUUCAUCAAAGAAGAAGGUAUCUACAGAUGCCAGGACUGCGGAAAGACAUUCAAGCAGAAGGGACAAACUAUUUACCACCAGAGGAAGGCGUCCAACGUGAGGGCUUUCCCAUGCACCAAGUGCUCCAACAGCUAUCUCACCAGUGCACACUUGAAGGCCCACAUGCUGACUCAUUCAGCUGUCAAAGCACUAAAGUGUGAUGGCUGUGGGAAGGAGUUUAAUUACAAGAGCAACCUAACAAGCCACCAGAAGACAUGCCCCCAAAUUGCAAGCAUCCAAGGUGCUGACCGAAAGUACUCAAGGAGGUGUGCUAAACAAGCAAAAGCAGGAACAGUCGAUGGCAGAGACGGUGGAUCAUCUGUUGAAAGUGGUGACGAGGAGCAGGAGACCGAGGGAAGUGAACAAGGACAGGGGUGCCAUCAAAGUGUUUAUAACAAGGAGAUUGGCCUGUACCAAUGCAAGGAUUGUGGCCAGACAUUCAAACAGAAGGGACAGACACUGUACCAUCAAAAGAAGGUCAGCAACCAGCGACAGUUCGUCUGCAAGGUCUGCAAGAAAGCCUUCCUAACCAGCCCCCACCUGAAGGCCCAUGAGCUGGUCCAUGCAGUCGAGAAGCCCUUGACCUGCCAGGGGUGCGGGAAGGGCUUCAAUUACAAGUGCAACCUCAAGACCCACCAGAGGAAUGGAUGCCUGGGUAUGGACCCGGAAGGCAAGCUGGCGCUGUCCAACAUGAAGCUUCACAAGUGCGAGGAGUGCGGCAAGGAGUUCAAGCUGAAGAUGUACUACGAGAAGCACCGGAAGAUGCACCAGAGGAAGAACCAAGAACAAAAUGUCACAAUGGAAGGGUUGGUCGACACUGACAACAUGGGACAAAGGAAAGAGCACCGAUCAGACUACAAUGAAGAGGAGGGCACAUAUAAAUGCCGUGACUGCCAUUUGGUCUUCAAGCAGUCUGGACAGGCACUGUACCAUUUCAGAAAGUAUAGCAACGAAAGAAAUUUUGUGUGCAAGGUGUGUCCCAAGAGCUUCCUGACGAGUGCCCACCUGAAGAGCCACAUCAUGUCCCACACGAAGGAGAAGCCCUUCAAAUGUUGGUAUUGUGGCAAGGGUUUCAACCACAACUCCAACCGCAAAUACCACCAGAGGACUUCCUGUAGCCAACGACCCCCGCAGGUAGAGCAGAUGGAGGAAGACGCCCAGCAAGAGAACAGCCGAGGCCGUGGUGAAGCCAAGAAGCCGAUCACGUGCGUGGUUUGCAACAAGCAGUUCAUGUUGACCCACAGUUGGAAGGUUCACAUGAGAGUGCAUACUAGGGAGCAGCCGUUUCUCUGUGAGUACUGUGGCAAGUCCUUCCGUUGCAGGAGUAACUUGUACGUGCACCGCAACAGCCAUACCAAGGAGCGGCCGUACCUUUGCAACUAUUGUGGCAAGAAUUUUGCGCAGUUGUCGCACGUCCGCGUCCAUGAAGCCAUCCACAACACCGAGAAGCCGUACAAGUGUGGCAUUUGCGGGAAGAGUUUCAAUCAGGAAUUUUACCUCAAGAGACACAAAGUCAUGCACACAGAUGACAGGCCAUUUGUCUGCUUCUGUGGCAAGUCCUUCAAGUAUAGAGGUAGCCUGGUGUCGCACAAGGCCACCCACAGCACUAAGAGGCCCUAUGCGUGCCACCUGUGCAGCAAGGCCUUCAAGCAGAGCUGCCACCUUAAAGUUCACAUCCUCACCCACGGUGAACUCAAACCGUUCAAAUGUGACAAGUGCCAGAAGGCGUUCAUACGUAAAAACCAGCUGAGCCGGCACCAGCGCAGUCACAGCGAUGAGCGCUGCUACCUGUGUAACAUUUGCGGCAAGGACUUCAAGCACAGCUCCAGCAUGAAGAGGCACCAGGAACGUAAACACAACAAGGAGCACUCUGAGACGGCCAACCCAACUUCUACCACCGUAGCCACCACCAUGGCCACCACUGACCCCCAACCUUUAUUUGACAGUGUGCCCUAUGCGCAGCCCCAAACAAAUGGCAAGAAAAAUUUGUUUCGAGGCAAUAAGUCCAAGACUCCGUGGCCCACAGCAGUAGAUGGAGUUGAUAUCGAGGAGGAAACCCCAAUGCACAUGACAGCACAGUUAGAGGCUAGGGCGCAGCCAAACCAACAGGUUGAUAACAGGGUAUUAGCACAAAUGGACAACAGGCUGACCGGUCAACCGGUAGAGUGCAGGAUGGCCAAUCAACCCAUUGACUAUAGAGUAUCUCCUCAACUGACCGAUCCAAGAAUGCCCUCCCAGUCAGUCAGUAGCCAUCUCUCUCAUCUGGCAUCAGGGCAUCCAGUCUACUCAGAGGCUCAAUACAUCCAAGGUCAAGAAUUCGCUUCAGUUCACCUACCACAUAUUGGUACGUUUGAUUUCAGAACAAGUACCUCUGGUAGUGUAGACUAUACGAUAUUGUAAUUUGCCACAUUAACCACUUCCUGCCGGGGCAGUUAUCAAUGUUGAUGAUACUGGGCCACUUACAAACAGGUGCAGGACUGUCUGGUGUCCACUCUAUCCUGACAGACAAAAUCUAUUGAUGCCUGCAGCCUUGUAAAAAGAGCCCAGA